AUGGCGGUAGGAGGUCGGGCGGUCGCGGUCAACGGCACGCUGACACUGGGCGAGAACAUUGCCGACGCCGGCGGCAUCAACACGGCAUGCGACACGGCCUUCAAGUGCCCCGUCAAGGAACCCGCCUGCGUCUUCUACAGGAGAGACCCCGGCAGAGAAAGGCCUCACGCGGGGGAGUAG